ACUUGUCGUCUUCAGAUUUCUCUUCCUCUUCCGCAUUUAGAUAAAAAAAAACAAGUUGAAAUAUCCGGAAAUCAAGAGUAGGGUUAACCUGUGUUGAGAAUUGAUUAAAGUAAAAAUGUCGCGAUCUCAAAGACCUGUCAGACCACCUCCACCUGUUCCAAAACCAGGUCAUGUGAAAGUAGUCAGAGCUUCAUACAAAUAUGACGCACAACAGAAUGACGAGUUAUCAUUUGAAGAAGGAGAGUUACUCUAUAUAACAGACAUGUCUAAUAAGGACUGGUGGCGAGCUCGUUGUGGAAAAAGAUCGGGCCUUAUUCCCAGUAAUUAUGUUGAAGAAAACACAGAGACCAUUGAUUGUCCACUACACGAGGCAGCUAAACGUGGAAAUAUCACAUUCUUGAAUGAAUGCUUAGAUAAUAGUGUAUCAGUUAACUCCCUUGAUAAGGCAGGUUCAACACCACUACACUGGGCAGCUCAUGGUGGCCAUAUUGAAUGUUUACGUACUUUGUUAAAUAAACCUAAUGUACAAGUUUCUGUACAGAACAAGCUUGGAGAUACGCCAUUGCAUUCAGCAGCGUGGAAAGGGCAUGCGGAAGCUGUAGAACUUCUUUUAGAGAGAGGUGCGGAUGCAUGUAUUAAGAACAGUGAAGGUAAAUUAGCAUACGAGCUUGCCAAGGACCCAGAGACCGCAGCUCUUGUUAGACAAGCAGCUGGUAUGUCAAGAGCUUUGUCAGGGAAUUAUGAUUAUGGUGAUGAGGAAGACUCUGAUUAAUCUCAUUGGCUGGUUUCUUGUUGUCAAGUGCAGUUCUUUAUGCUGAUUGGUUGGUUAAAGUCAUGUGACUUUCUGGGAGGACCAAUCAUAUCAUUGUGAUAUUAAAGGCUGAGUUAUUGUUAUUGACAUUAUGAAAAGUGUUACUGUACAGGUUUUUAAUAUGUUAUUUAGAACUGUAUUAUUGUAAUAAAUUAGUAUUGGAUUAAGGCCAGGAGCUUUGCUGAUAAUGGGGGUUAAUGACCUACUUUUCAGGAAUAUUUUAUUUUAAUUUGUUUGGUUAUAUAACCACUAUGAAAUAAUAUAAUGUAAAUGGCAAUGCUUUCAAAUUAUAUUAGCAUUUAGAAAUACAAAACACCAUUUUAGAGGAAGAGACAUUAUACAUGAACAAACAUGUAUAUAGGUAUAUUAUAUUCACAUGUAUUCCUACAUAACCCUUUAUACAACAGACUAAAAAAAACAACAUGUUCAGAGUAGAGAGAAAAAAGCAUGUACAAAGUUGCAGAUGAAUGAUAAAAACUUGCAUAUAAAUUUUCAACAACAAAAAAUGCAUGUUUUAUUCAUUAACUUUAUCAUAAAAGUCAUCAUUUUAACUUUACUAGUUUCUUUUUUCAGCUCAAUUUCAUAUAAUAGUUUACUUUAAAAACAUUCCUUUCCACAGUAACCAAAGAGUUAUCUAAUUUCUAUACCCAUCUAAAGGCUGUAUCAUUUAGCAGUGUUCAACAUUAUAAUUAAACAGACAUUCUGAAAAGUGCCGGUCAGACGGACCUGACCGGUAAAAUUACGAUGGACCUGACCGGUAAAAUUACGUUCACACUGGGAAAAAUUCCAUCCAAGCCAGUCCGACUGUCCGGUAACAAUGUUAAGAUUUUACAUUCAACUUUUACAUAAACGAUCUUCAAUAACCAUUCAUUUAAACAUCACUUAUGUAUAGGUCAGUGUUUAUUAUUAAGCAUUUAGUAUAGGUUAAACUUUAUUAGUACUUAUUUAAAAAAUUUAAUUGGUCAGGCGCAGCACAGCCGCACGACCAAUUUAAUUUUGUAAAUGUGUACUAAUAAAUUUUAACCGGUUAGUAUUUUGAAUUAUUUUUAUAAACAAUCGACUUACUAGACUGAUUAACAGUUUGCAGAUUUACCGAAGUAAAUGUGUUACGAUUCAUUUGAAAUACUGCAAUCCUAAUGGACAAAAAAUAAUUUUAAACACUGUUUGCUUAAAGAUCCUGUAGCACAAUUUUUUAUGGUUUUAAUUCUGAAAUAUGAUGCUCAAAUUAAGAUUUAUCAAUAUUGCAAGUUCCAAAAAGCAUUAUUUAUAAAGAUAUUACCGAAUUUAACAUUUCAUGUAAAUAAAGGGAGGUAAUUAGAAAUUUAUUUUCUAUAAAGUCUAAGUCAAAUUUUUCAAUAAGAAAUGAAUGCAUAUAUCUUAAUGAUUACAUAUAAUGUGCACAAAUAUUUGCAGUACAUAUUUUACAUAUUGUUCGAUGUUUGAAAAUUGAUUUAAAAGCCUUAUUAGAUACAUAUAUUAAAUUUCACCUAAGUGUGGUAUCUACCUCAAUUUCAAUAUACAGGAUCUUAAAAAGUGGUCAACAACUAAGUAGGUUAAUCUUCUAUGUAUAGCUCCUUUUGAAACUGUUUAAUUCAAAUAUACUCCUCUAUAACUUAAGUCAUUUUUUUAUCAGAGGUGAACAGAAUUAUGCAAAAUUGGGACAAGUUUGUUAACUCACAAUCUUUAACUUACUUACUUUCACAUUGUUAAAUAUUUAGUGUAAAACAUGUCUGUUUAUGCUAUUUUAGCUGUUAAUGUGUAGAUAAUAUGAUUGUUAAUUGAUAUCUAAUUGGUCUAUUUUUGCAUACCCUCCUUGCAAUGUUUUGAGAUUAUUUCAGUUUUAUUCAUUGAUAUAUAUAUUAUAAUCAUUGAUUCUUAAAUUGUCUUAACACAACAUUGUUGUUAUUUUGUUAAACUGAUGUCUUCUUUUCUGAAAUUAUGCUGCUCUUUCUUUGUAAGUACAAGUAUCUAUUGUUUGUUAAAAGGGAUUUAGAUUUUAAACUUGUUUGUGGUCUGAAUUAUUGUAGUCGGCUCUUAACUGCAAACUCAUAAUUGAUCGCAUAACACAAUUACCAGUUUAACCCCUGUACAAUUUUAUUACUAUUUAUAGUAACAAGGAUAUUGAAAAAAAAAAUACAUUGAAUUAUUUCAUGUGAGGGAACUAUUCACUAAGCUAACAGAACGUUUGUGGUUCUAUUCAGGAGCAGGCUUGUGGCAUAAACAAUGCACUGAGAGGCAAUUUAGGUUCUUCUUCCACAAGUUAAGCUGGAAAGUUGCCGUGUGAACUCUCCUGUGUUUGGUGGGACGUAAAACAAAACACAAAUAAAAAUUCUUUAAGGGUAAUCAGGUGAAUGCCUGAUAAUUACUAUCACAUGGCCUCUUUUCUGCUUUACUAGUAGGAGUCUAGAUGUAGGGAAAACUUCUGGCAUUUGUUGUUUUUCACCGUAAUUUUGAGUCGUAAAAUGAAACCAUGAGUUUCCUUAUACAUUCUAACCUGAGCUAAUGGUCACUUCUGAGUAAUAGUCACUAACCAAUCCCUAUAUAAAUGGCUGCGAAUAGCUGUCACUUGCUUUAUGUCACCAGCGGCCGCUAGAACAGGCUUCCUCAAGACCAUUUUGUAUAUUUUUUUUUAGACUUUGAAGUAACACAGGUACCUUUAAGGUCAAAUGUCAACGAUACUUUCUAGUUUAAACGGUUUAGGGAGAUGUUAAGUAUCUCUUCUUCAUUUUGUUAUUUGGACACUAUUGAAUGGACACAGAAAAAGAACAAUCAACUUUCUAUGAGCUUAAUGGAUUGACUCCAUUCCUGAAAUUUCAUCGUUAAUCAUGUUUAUUACAUAUCCAUGGCUGGCAAAGUCAUUUAUCUGUGUUUGCCCAAGUUGUCCAACAGACUAUGUAGACAGUAGUAAAUUUUACUUUACUAAUAUCAUAUAAUCAAGUAAAGAAACACAUUGUACUUCAGAUAAAAGGGACAUGUCGUAUUUUGCCGAUCCACACAUUUAUUUAUCAUAAUUAUAACCCUGCCACUUCUAUAACUUUGUAAAAACAGUAUUGCACAGCCAUGUAUAUAUUUUGACAGGACAGUCAUUUGCUUUAUACAAGUAUAGUGUAAAGAUGUGUUAAAUGUCAUCAUUAAACUAUCAACACUUCAAUGAAAAAGAGGUUCAUUUUCACUGAAAAAAGUUCUUAUAUAGAAUAUUAUAUUUGUGUAGCUUCAUUACUAAAUGUAUUGAACUUGUUGAACAAAAUACUAUUACACUUGCCAGAGGCCCGCAUAAUACAAUUUUAUUCAACUUGUUCAAUGAAUUGAAUUGAAUCUACAUUCAAUAUCAUCUAUAUAUUAUGACAUUCAGAUCACAACAUGUUAUUGUGCUUACAUUUGUUUAUAUUUCAAGAACUUAACAACAAAACAGCAAUUUCUCCUAAUUUAAGGUACCGCAGUUUGUUGCAUAGUUCUUGAUCUUUUUGUACAGAAAGUCUAAUUUUCUAUUGUUAAAUCUUAGAUCUGCUUUUCAAUUUAAUUAUUUCUCUAUAUAGUCUAUUUAGAUAAUGUAAUUAUAAUAAAAGAUACUGAAAUAAAUUCUUAAUAUUU